AUGGAAGCCGCAGCUUUCGCCCAAGCAGCGGCAGCGCUGGCCAGCAUGUUCCUGGAGAUUGUCUCCACCACGAAACAAGUCAUUGAGACCAUGAAAGGUGCACGCGCUGCUCUCGUGGAACUGUUCACUCGUGCCGAGCGCAUCCGUCUGAACCUCGAACUCUUCCGCUCGCUCACCUACCGACUGUCGGACCCCAUGGAGAGAACUGCGGCCAUCUCGUUCAACGAGAGUUCAUACCGGCAGACCGCGAAUGAAGUCCUUGAGCUUGUGCAUAAAGUGGCGGAUUCGGGGAAGCGCAGCGAUCUCAUGAUGAGAGUCAACUGGCUAUUCUACAGAUCAGACGUUGCGGCGCUGGUGAAGAAACUAGAAGAUAGAGAGAGAGAUCUCGGGCUAGUCCUGACGUUCAUUGCUGCGCAAUCAAGUGUCGUUACUGAGGGCGAAGUCCAUGCACUGAGGACCAAGGUCGACGAGCGCACGAGGAUCAGCAGUGCAUCUGACACUAGUCCCUACGGAGAAACCACUCAGCCGGUUGACCGGGUGAAUGAGGAUCCGCCCGAGUAUGAAGAGUUCGUCCAGGAUACAAGACCAAGGGCUGGGUGGCCCGAGAUCGUGUCACCCCGGCCAAAGCAGCCGCCCACUUUGUGGCCAGGCGUUCUGCUGAGAGAGUCCUACCCCCCUGAGUAUCUGCAGAAACGGGACCAACUAGCUAAUGCGGCGUAUGUUGGUGACUGGGCGUCUGUAUUAGACACACUUGAGAAGGCGAAAAUGCUUUUUCAGGAGCCAUGGGCGAAUGCCGUCCGGCUACGGACACUUCCAACAGGUCAAACCUGGGGCGAGUUCCAGUAUGCGGAUCUCACACCGGCAGAGAUCGCCCAUGUACUCGGAUACGACGAUAUAUAUGGCAUCCUCGCACCCGUGGUCCGGCAUGUGGUUCCUGUCAGAACCCAAACGUACCUUCAGGCAAAAUUUAAUGAGCUUCUUCUGUCUGAAUUAGAGGACUGUGCACAGUUGCCUGCCGGAUGCAUCCGGUUUCCACCUCUAUCUGUCCUGACUGAACUAGAGCACCCGGAGAUUUGGUUUCCUCUCGGGUUUCUUCAAAAGGGGUUUUUGUUUCGUCUCGAUGGUCGGGAGGUAGUGGUGCUCAGCAUUGGGCGGAGGAGAGGUCAGCCGAGACAAGCUUUCCGUGUCACAACAGAGGGAUGGACAGCGCUUGAGGAUGUCGUUGUCAUGUCAUAG